AAUUCAAUAAAAUCACGCAUUGGUUAUCGCGCUAUCGAAUAGGGAAUUUCUGAAAUUCUGAAAGUUUUUCUAUUCGAUAGCCAAUCGCGUGACAUUGUGUCUAAAGUGCCAAAUAAGAAAAAACCUAAGUGUAUAAAGUGCAAGCAAAACGAACAGACCUUAACUUAAGACCUAAGUUCGCGCGGAAAGAGAGGUUACGAUUUUAUUAUAUAUCGAAUUGUGUUUUUUCGAAUAACAUUUAACUUUUAAUUCCUAUUGUUGAUGUUGAACAUCUAUAUGAAAUAUCUAUAUUGGACAUUGGAUUUUCUAUAAACGAGCAGUGCAUGAUCCUGUAUAUGGCAGUUGGCAGAUUCAUCAGUGCAGUACAGCAUUCUAGUUACUUGAAAUAUCAGUACUGCUUUUAUACAACUACUAUGACUUCCUUGCUGGUUCCUCCACUAUCGGUACGUGGUAUGACAUGCUUGGAUCGUGAUGCAUUUACAACAAUUGUAAAUGUACCAACAUUAAAAUUAUGUAACACUGCUGUCUCAAGAAUUAUGCACAUCUUGAAGAAAUAUUUGCUAAAGAUGUGUAAUUUUAAACCAAUUCAAAAGACAAGCGAAGGAAUUAUCGUUUAUUUAAAUCCAAACAUUAUUACAAAAUUUGAAGAUAUUACUGAGAAUGAUAGAAAAUUACUGGUGGAUCAAUAUGAACAUUUUGAUUUUAUGAGCAUUACUAUAAAAUAUGAUAAUUGGCGUCGUGAUGAGACAUUAAAAUCAAUUCUACCAGAAGAUAUUCAAGUUCCAACAGCGUAUACUUUAGUGGGACAUAUUGUGCAGUUGAAUUUACGCGAUGUACAUUUGCCAUACAAAACAAUUAUUGGUCAAAUAUUUCUUGACAAGACUCCAAAUGUGCGAACAGUAGUAAAUAAAAUGAAUACAAUUGAUACAACGUUUCGAUAUUUUGCUAUGGAAAUCCUGGCUGGUGAAAGAAACACAAUAACAACCACAAAAGAACAUGGCUGUACAUAUCAGUUUGAUUUCGCACAAGUUUAUUGGAAUUCGCGUUUGUCUACUGAACAUUCAAGAAUGACAUCAUUUAUGACGCAAGGUGAUGUUCUGUAUGACGUAUUUGCAGGAGUAGGACCCUUCGCUAUUCCUGCCGCGCAUAAAAAAAUCCAAGUAUUUGCUAAUGACUUGAAUCCUGAGUCUUACAAGUGGCUUCAGAAAAAUGCCACUAUUAACAAAUUAAAUAUGUCGCAACAGAUAUGUUAUCCAUGUACAGCGUGUUUGAUAACUGUGGGAGAUGAAAUUUUACGCGGGCAUAUAGUUGAUACCAACACGUCAUACUUGGCAAAAAAUUUAACCGCUGCUGGAGUAAGACUGCAGAAAGUCACAGUGGUUCCUGAUGUUGUGGAUGACAUUGCUAAAGAAAUAAACACUGCCUCAAAACAAUAUUCUGCUGUAUUCACAUCCGGUGGUGUUGGGCCUACUCAUGAUGAUGUAACUUAUGAAGCUGUAGCAAAGGCUUUUGAAUUAAAACUCGAAUUUCAUCAGGAGUUGUUUGAUAUAUAUAAUCAAUUGAUACCUGGCCAGCAUGAAGUAAAACGACUUGCUAUUGUUCCCAGUUCUUGUGAAAUUAUCAAUAUUGAGUCUAAAAAAUUUUCAGAAAUUUUCCCGGUAAUAAGCGUGAAAAAUGUUUAUGUACUGCCUGGUUCGCCGAAAUACUUCGAAUCUGCUGCAGAUGUAAUAAUAUCUCAACUGAGAGGAUGCGCGCCAUUGCACUAUGAACAUAUAGAUAUUGAAUUGGAGGAACUCUCAAUAGUAAAUAUUUUGGAUGAACAGUCAAAACGUUGGAAUGGCAAAGUGAAAAUUGGCAGUUAUCCGCAAUCAGAACCGCAAAUUUUUACGAGAAUUACUUUGGAGGGAUCUAAGGAAGCAAUUUCGGAGGCAAGAGAGGAACUUUUAUAUUAUCUACCAAUACAAAAGAUUAUGAAUCUAAAACACGGAUUCGGUCGUUUUCAAAUGAAUGCUAUUCUGGAAGAUAGUAAAAAUGAAGCGCAUAUUAAAUGCGCAUUGGAUAUAUUAAAUGAAUGCUAUGAUAGAUAUAAUUCAGAUGAAGUAUUCAUUAGUUUUAAUGGUGGUAAAGAUUGUACAGUAGUCUUGCAUUUAGCUGCUACCAUCGCCAAAUUGCGUAAUAUCUCGUCCUUAUUAUGUUUAUACGUAACUGCUGAUUCCUUUCCAGAGGUGGAAACGUUUGUGGAAUCAGCUUCUCAGUAUUAUGGUGUGGAAAUAAUACGAAAGCAACGGCCAAUGCGAUCCGCGUUGUCUGCCUUACUGGAGGAGAGAUGCAAUUUAAAAGCAAGUCUCAUGGGAAUAAGGAAAGGUGACCCGGGUUCUGAAAAUCUACAACCGUUUGCGCCUACUGAUUCGGACUGGCCACGAUUAAUACGCGUUAAUCCAAUCUUGCACUGGUCGUACAGUCAAGUAUGGACAUUCUUAUUGAAGCACAACAUCCCUUAUUGCUCGCUCUACGAUCAAGGAUACACGAGUAUUGGCAGCAAAAGUACUACGACGCGAAAUCCGUUGUUGAAAGAUCCUAACAACCCCUCAUCUUAUUUACCAGCAUAUACUUUACUCGAUAAAUCUGCCGAAAGAGAAGGCAGAGUAUAAUAGAAUAAUAGAACGUGAAUUUAAUAUAAUUUUUAGAAAUUAAUAAUAAAUUCGAUACGCAUGCAUACGUGCGUGUUCAAUUGGCUAAUAUUAAUUAUUAUUGUUAAUAUAUUAAUUAUAUUGUUACUAAUUAAAAAGGGGGAGGGUCUUAAUUUUUAAAUCCUUCCUUAUAAAUUAAUUUUUAUUUCUACAAUAUAAUUGUAUUAAUUGUGGUACGCGGGUUAUCCUGCAAAUAUAAACAUUUGAAACUUCUUAAUAUUAUUGAAACUCAAUGACAGAUAUAUUAUCCAAAUGCUUCUACGUAAUUUUUUAAAAUAAAUUAUUCUCGAUAAAAAA